ACUAGAGGAGAUAUGUUGGGUGCAUUGCAGCGUGCCACAUUAAUCUGCAAAUGCAGGACGUUUUGUUGUUUAUAGCGUUUCAUAAAAUGUUUUAGUGUGGUUGGCGGUUUAGGUCUAGGAUCCUGGUUACAUUUAAUAUAAUCAGAUAAAGUAAUGUUUAGGCAUUUUGUUCAAUGGUUAUCAUUUCACUUAGUUCCCAAUAAUAUGUGUUUGUGGCGAUUAAGCAGUCUUAUUUAGGCUGCAUUUCAAAUGUCGUCAAUGAACCCACAAAAAAUGAAUAUUGCGAGUGUCCCAAUGUAACUUCAUUAAAUAGACUAGUUUAAGAUGCAAAUCCUAACGCAGCCUUUUUUGUGCUGUUAUGAAUGAAUCAAAACGUGUAGAGGUAUGCUGUCCUGCAUUUUUUUUUUUGUAUAUAUAAUUUUUAUCUAAAUCCUAUUUGAAUUCGGAUCGACUCGUGAAAUCGUAUUCAAAACAAUUACUUUUUACUCCAUUAACAUUCAUUUGGCAACACCAGGAAUUUGUGUCCUUUAACAAUUUAUUUUCUAAAAUUGAUCCGCAAUCUAUUUUUUGUUCUAAAUUCAGUCAAGACUAAAAGGACCUGUUAACGGAUUAAUAAUCUGCUGCCAAUUCAAUAUUAUGUGCAUAAUCCCAGGACGUAUGUUUAUGUUCUUAAGUCGCAUAGUUUCCAAAAGUAUUGUGUGCUCUAUGCUAAAUAGGAUACUAAAUAUAUCAAACAUUUGUGUUGCUGCAUUGCGUUGUAUCAAUAAAGCCUAGUACAUUCUUCUCAUUCUAAAAAUCGUAUUUUGCAUUUGUUGUAUCAAAAUAUUAUUAUAUAUAUUUUAGUUUAGUACUUUUUUUUUAUGCUUUUGAAAAAUGAUUCCAACAAAAAAACGUAAUUUUGUUUAACAAAGACAAAAAGCAGCCCGUGAAAACCCUUUCAGUCCUGGGAUUCUCCUCUACAGUGUUGUCAUUACUAUCCUCCAAAAAUAAAAGGUUAUUAUUGUGGUAUUGACAAAAAGCUGUUUGCCAUUUGAUAAUAUAGUGCUCUAACAUGUAUAUUGUCGUCAACCUUUAGCUAGCAUACCUCUUGGAGCUCCCAGAGAGCCACGUAUCUUCAACCAUUUGAUAUGACUGAGUUUCAUCAGUAUUUCAAAUCAAGCUUACAGGGAUCUUACUUGACUGAUGCAAAGUCAUGCUGGAUGUUUUUGUUAUAAAAGAAAAAAAUCGCAGAGGGGAGGAUUCUAAAAGCCAAAAGAUCGCCACAAGAAGGUAAAACCUAACCCCAACACUCAUCUGUUAGAUUUAUGUUUUGUUUUCUGUUUUAAAAUUCAAGUCAUGCAAGUCACCCAAAACUGUUACCCUAAAAAAAAAAAAACGCUUAAUUAAAAGCUGCUAUUAGUAAUGUAUUCCGAGCAAAAUUAGCUGUACAAAACAACCAGAAAUGGUUGUAAUGCAAGUCUUGCUCAAAUAACAAUGGUCCAUUCAUUUCACUGCAAAAAAAAUAACUUGAUUUUAUUUUUUAUAGUGAAGAAUACACUCAAAUCGUGUGAACUCCUAUUGGUCAAAAAAUAUCUUUCAGCUCAAGUUGCAUGAUCCUGUUAUAGAAUGUCACUGUUGCAUGCGUCUGGUCCAGUGUUGCGCUUGCAUGGCCUAGGCUCAUUUGGUCUUUCUCUUUCUAGGUGGUCGAUACGUACGGUGGAUGUUGGAAUACUGUGUGCUAUACCUCAGUGAAGGAAUCGUGGUCUUGAAAGGGCACAGGAAGUGCAAAUGCAACUGUAUUUCCGACACUCAGGUUUCACAGACUCAACUAUUUUCAGUUGCUAAUUUGCCAAUGACUUUUUAACUUGAAACAUUUUUAUGAAGUUUUUUCCAUAUUACAAUUGAGUACAUAAUUUUACUACUUUUUACAUUUUUGAUACAAAAAAAGGUUUAAAUGUUUGUCUAAAGUUGGCUGCUCAUUACAACUUGACAUAAACUUUGUCUUUCUGAAUUUUCUGUCUUGUUUCUAAUUCUUACAAAACAUGCUGAAACAUUGUAUUUUCGUAUGAGUCUGAAAGGAGUUACUGCAAAGACAAGAGUGCCUCUAGAAAUGUAUUGAAGCCAAUUGUUCGGAAUGAAACUAAAGUGUGCACAUUUAUCUGCCCCGGUUACGGCAUAAUAUACCAAUAUUUACCUCUUGGACUAUACAAAGAGAUAACUCAUCAGUGGAUUUAUUUAAUCUGGUUUUAAAAGUUAAAAUUGUUACAUGUAUAUUUCGAAGGCAUUGAGGUCAUUUAAUUCUAAUGUUAACAGCUAACAUUACCAUUUAGUAUAAACUAAAUGGCAAUACAUGCAAAACCGGCAUGUUCUUUUUAAACACUAGUCUAUAAAUAAACCUAGUCAUACUUCUAAUUUGGACCGCCGCCACGUGCCGUAGUGUCUCGUAAACGCUCAACGGGGGGAAAUAAAUACAGUUGUGGAACGGAGGCGUGGACAACGCCAGUGUCUGCACAUCUGUCUGCUUUCACACGGAUUCCUUGACUGUUGAGGUAUUCCAGGGAUCACUAUAUCACUCAAGUUUGCGUUAAGGCUUAACACGAAGUUGCGUGAAGGGCUGAACCCUUGCCGUUUCUUCUCGUGUUAUUGUCUCUUUAAAACACUCCUCCCACGUGACCAAACGUAUCCGCGCCCCCUCUCCAACACUGGUAGCUAUUUCACAUCAACAAUGAGUAUCCACGUUAAUUAUAAUGACAUUCUCGCAGUUAUUUCCACGUGGAACCGUAGAAAUACUUGUUUUUAAUCCCGAACGCCUCACCGUAUCGGAGCUCCUAACAUAGACCACUACUUGCCACUGGGUAUCAGCGCCUUCAAGUGAAGAAAACAACCAACCACAACAAUAAAGAUUGAAGCGAGGAUUGUCUGCUAUGGCUGGUGGAAGGAGAGGAGCAAACCGCACCGCUUACUGUAGGUCACCACUGAACAGUGAGCCAGGCUCCGUGAGCAAUGGCAAUCAUUCCACGAGUUCUCCUGUAACGGGGGUGCGUUCACGAACAAGGAACGGCUCUGGAGCGGGCAUGUCCAGCCCCCCCCUGGCGACCCAGACCGUGGUGCCGCUGAAGCACUGCAAGAUCCCCGAGCUGUCGCUGGACCGCAAUGUGCUCUUCGAGCUCCACCUGUUCUUCUGCCACCUGGUCGCCCUGUUCGUCCACUACGUCAACAUCUACAAGACGGUGUGGUGGUACCCUCCCUCACACCCCCCCUCCCACACCUCGCUGAACUUUCACCUUAUUGACUAUAAUAUGCUGGUGUUCACAAUCAUAAUACUGGCUCGGAGGUUAAUUGCAGCGAUUGUGAAAGAGGCGUCACAGAGUGGGAAGCUCUCCUUCCCUCACUCCAUUUUCUUGGUGAUGGCACGCUUCGCCGUGCUCACUCUGACGGGCUGGAGCCUGUGUCGGUCCCUCAUAUACCUCUUCAGGACCUACUCGGUCCUCAGCCUGCUCUUUCUCUGCUACCCUUUUGGGAUGUACAUUCCUUUUUUCCGGCUGACCUGUGACUUCCGGCGCGGGGGACCUCUCUCGCCCAUAGCCAGCAUCGGCUCCAAGGAGGUGGGCAGCGUGGGCAAGGGCAGGGACUACCUUACGGUGCUCAAGGAGACCUGGAAGCAGCACACCAGCCAGCUGUACGGCGUCCAGGCCAUGCCCACCCACGCCUGCUGCCUCUCGCCGGACCUCAUCCGCAAGGAGGUGGAGUACCUGAAGAUGGACUUUAACUGGCGCAUGAAGGAGGUGCUGGUCAGCUCCAUGCUCAGUGCCUACUACGUGGCCUUCGUGCCCGUCUGGUUUGUCAAGAGUACCCAGUACGUAGACAAGCGCUGGUCCUGUGAGCUCUUCAUCCUGGUGUCCGUCAGCACGUCCGUCAUCCUCAUGAGACACCUGCUGCCGCCGCGCUACUGUGACCUGCUCCACAAAGCCGCCGCCCACCUGGGCUGCUGGCAGAAAGUAGACCCCUCGCUCUGCUCCAACGUCCUGCAGCACAUAUGGACGGUGGAGUACAUGUGGCCCCAGGGCGUGUUGGUGAAACACAAUAAGAACGUCUACAAGGCCAUGGGUCACUACAACGUGGCGGUGCCCUCCGACGUGUCCCACUACCGCUUCUACUUCUUCUUCAACAAGCCACUGAGGAUACUGAACAUGCUCAUCAUACUGGAGGGUGCCAUGAUAUUCUACCAACUGUACUCGUUAAUAUGCUCAGAAAAGUGGCAUCAGACGAUAUCGCUGGCCCUGAUUCUCUUCAGCAACUACUACGCCUUCUUCAAACUGCUCAGAGACAGAAUAGUGCUCGGCAAAGCGUACUCGUACUCAAACAGUUCUUCUGACCAGAAGGUCAGUUAGAAGCAGUUAAAUUAUUGUGUUGCACAUUUUACCAUUGGUGUAAGAGAAACAUACAUGAGAGCUUUGUAUCUUUUCUACAACUGCAUUUUGUGUCACUGUUCGGGUUAUGUUCUGAUCUGCCAUAAUAAAAAGAAAAUAUUUUUGUAUU